AUGAAUUUGAUUUGGCCUCAAGGAGUAGAACACAAUAAUGUUUUAUUGUUAGUUAGUGACGCCGCACCAUACAUGGUAAAGGCCGGAUCAGCGAUUCAAACAUUCUUCCCAAAAAUGCUUCAUGUAACUUGUCUCGCUCACGCUUUAAAUCGUGUAGCUAAGCAAAUCCGCAGUGAUUUUCCGUUGGUUGACAAACUUAUUUCUUCUGUCAAAAAAGUCUUUCUUAAAUGUCCAGCAAGAAUAAACAUAUUUAAAGACGAAGCACCAGAACUAAAAAAAUUUAAUCCCGAUGAUGCUUUGUCUAUAAAAACAGCUCAAGAAGUUAUGGGUGAACGUAGAGUUGAAGCCAAUUUAGCUUUUAUUAAAUCAAAUGUUUCAUUCUUAUCUUCUGCUCUAAUAUCUCUCGAAGAAAAGGGGAAAUCUCUAUCAAGUUCAGUUGCCAUUAUAAACGUCGUUUCAGAAAAAUUAUCAAUUGCAGCUUCAAAUCCUCAAGAAACUACCGACAUUGUUAACUUUAAGUACUCACCGGCCAACUCUGUAGACGCAGAGCGGUCAUAUUCAGCUUACAAAAACAUACUGUCAGAUCGUCGAAGAUCUUUAAAAUUUGAAAAUAUAUCCAAAAUCAUUGUUAUACAGUGUAAUCUUAAUAUUUAA